AUGUUAGAAACCCAGAUCUCCCAAGUUUCCCCAAAACAAGCCGCAAUAGCAGCCCUAGCUGGAGCAUUUCCUGGUCAACCACAACCAAACCCAAAAGGCCACACUAACGCUAUCACCCUUCGAAGUGGAAUAGAACUAGAUGAACCAACUAAUCCCAGAAUCCAAAAUCCGGCCAUGUAUCAAAAUUUUGGUAAAGGAACUGAAAAGGUAAACAAACCAACCAAUGAUGGAAAGAAAGAUGAAAGUAGAGAGGCAAAAGAUAAAGAACCCAUUUAUGUGCCAUCACCACCAUACAAACCACCUGUACCUUAUCCCCAAAGACUUGUUAAAUCCAAAAAUGAAGGACAAUUUAAGAAAUUCGUAGAACUUCUGAAGAAACUUAACAUAACCAUACCAUUCAUAGAAGCCAUUACGCAAAUGCCUUCAUAUGCUAAAUUCCUUAAAGAGAUUCUAUCCAACAGGAAAAAGCUUGAGGAUGACAAAACCGUUAUGCUUACCGUAGAAUGCAGCGCUGUCAUUCAAAACUACAUGCCUCAUAAACUGAAAGACCCUGGUAGCUUUUCCAUACCAUGUGUAAUCGGAAAGUUUAUCAUAGACAAAACUCUAUACGAUUUAGGAGCCAGUGUUAGUCUAAUGCCCUUAUCCACAUGCGAAAAACUUAAUCUAGGAGAAUUAUGA